AAUCAUCGGUCCUGUUGUGUUCUAACAUUUUUGGGCUGUGGACUUUUUUCUCCCGGAAGUUGGAAUGUGUAAAUAUUAUGAUUAGUGGACAGCAAUGAUUAGCGGAUGGAUGGAGCUGCUUCCUUUUGUGGCAGUUUCUGCCACAGCAUACCGUCCAUAUGUGACUCUGCGCUACUACGUGUCCUUCUCGUGACGUUGUCUCUUCUAUGUGCUGAUGUAGAAGCUCUCCAGGUGAUUGGUGGAAGUGUGACAGUGGAACAAGGAAGUACCGCUAUCUUAUCGUGCUAUGUUACUGGUACCAAUGAUGACCUGACACAAAUUACCUGGCAGAGGAGGACGAGAGAAAAACCUCAUAAUGAUAAUUUUCUGACGAUCUUCCCCAGAGAUGGACCAUUGUUUGUCAAUGGAGGUGAUGAUCAAUUUAAAUAUAUCGGGAAUUUUAAUGACAAAAAUGGAACUCUUCAGUUGUCCAAUGUUGCCCUGAAGGAUGAAGGCAGCUACACGUGCAUCUUCACCUUGUUUCCCAGUGGAGAUCAAAAAACUGAGAUACCUCUAAACUUGCUUGUGCCUCCUUUCACAAACGUCAAGGACAAUCUUCCCACUUUUGGCAUAGAAGAGGUUUUAUUUGCUACCUGCACGGCUGCUGGCUCUAGGCCUCCUGCAGAGGUAAAAUGGCUCACUGGUGCUUUGACAGAAAAUGUGAGGACGACAACGAACUCCACACAGCAUAACAACGGUACGACUACCACAGUCAGCUCUCUGUUUGGCGUACCUAUGAGAGAGAUUAACGGUCACCAGGUCCAGUGUGUCAUCAGCGGUGACUCCCUGUCUACAGAAAGAAGUCUGCCCUUCACCAUACAGGUCUACUUUUCUCCCACAGAAGUGAACAUUAGAGUGAUUUCAGAGGACUCGUUCGAGUGUGUGACAGAAGCCAAACCAAAUGCAAACUUUAUCUGGAGCAGAUCUGGCCAGUCUUUGCUGGAGUCUUCUGUCAAAGUAGACGGUGCAAAGCUACAACUGCUGAGCCUGACUUCUGCUCUAAAUGGCCUUUAUCAGUGUGAAGCAUCUAACACAUAUGGAAGUAAACGUGGUCAUCUCUAUGUGCAUGUGGCAUCAGGAGUGUGCUCUGUUGCAUGGGCCUUACUUGGUGUUUUGAUUUUCCUGAGCAUCGUUGGGGCUGCAGUAUGGUACUUUUAUACACAUGAAGAUCAAAGGCAUAGGUUUAGACUUUUUUGGUGGCGUGUCCGAACAAAUGAACCAGCUGGUGACAGUGCAGCGCAGCAAGAACACCAUCAGAUGGCGGCCCUGCUGGUUUAGAAACUUAUUCCUGUUGCCCUACCAUUAUGCCCUUCUGCCCUUGGUGUCAGACCACUUCGAAGAACCAGCUUCCCCUGCAGCCUUUUAUUUCUGUGACACAUAGUUUUCACAAACACCCAGUGUAAAACCCCCAUAUGAUGUCAGGCACUAGGUGUGUGUGUGUGUGUGUAUGCAUGUGCACGUGAGUGUGUGUGUUUUUGUGUUUGGGGGUGCCUUUGUGUGACCUCCGGCUCACCCUGUAUAUGGCUUAACCCCUCUAACGGUCUCACCAUACACAAACACAGGUGAGACCAUAAAGGGCAGGAAGUUUACUAAGCAGAAGUAAACAGAACCUUCACCUAGGAUGUGCCUAUAAUAAAACACUACAGCCUCCCCCACCAUUCAACAAGCUGGGGAGGGGGUCAGAAACAAAGGAAUGUCCUUGAUCAUAUAGUUUGAACCAAGACUUACAAAUUUAAGUACAAUAAUGGCAACAUUUAACAAUUUGACUCCAACACUAAUGACUUUAUUUAAUGUAAAAAUCUUUGUUAUGCAGUUAUGGUAGAUAUAUUAGUAGUUUUAGUUUUGAACAAGUCAUUUUAUUAAAUCUGCUCUUCUUAAAAAAUGAAUGUGUGCGUUGGAUAUUAUAGAAGUUUAAAUGUUCUUUUUAAAAUAUGCAGAUACACUGAAGGUCUUUGCACGUUCAGCUAAAAUUACAUACCAUUUUAAACAAAUGUUCUGAACUGUCUACCACAGCAAUCUCCCUGACAGCUGUGGAAGCAAAAGAUGGAGUAUAUCUGCACUGAAAGCUCGACCAACAUGACAUUCUCAAGUCAGCUGGUAAAUGAACAGAUGGAGAACUGGUGGAGGCACUUGGUUCAGACAGCACAAACAGUCAAGCGAAGCACACCGUCUGAAUACCUUGUAAUUCCAACCAGUAAGAUUACCACAUAGUAUAUAAUACUUGAAUAAUACAGCCCCACCCUUGUUUGUACAUGGGGGCGAAAGCAGAUGUUUUGCUCGGAUAACCUAACAUAAAGCAACAUACAAGGAAAUUUGAAAGAGAAAAAAAACAUCUUUAAAAAGGUUAUAAUGAGACUUUGUUACUGUGUUGAAUCAUAGGGAUUUUGUUUGUUUUUUAAAAUUAAUUUUAAGAAAAUUAAAGGUCUUCACCCUGCUGAAAUCUUUUCAUUUAACUGUAAAAAGCAAUACAUUGUAGCAUUUUCCAGGAGAGUGCAGCUUUCAUUUUCCAGGAAAGCUGGAAAAUUUGGUUUCUCUCAUCAAUCAUUAAUCGUAAUCGGUGUAUUUACUUAGAUUGGAUGCUGCAGUCUUUGUGAACUGUCACGUUUCCUGUUUUACUUUGACAGUCCCUGUCCUAUAUAAAUGUUUUCAAUUUUGCUUCCCCUUCGUCUCGUCAUGUUUGAUUACUCCCAGCUGUGCUCUCCUCCUUUGUCUCAUUCCCUCGUUAUCCCUCUGUGUAUUUAAGCCCUGUGUUUUCCUUGUUCUGUGUCGUGUUGUACCCUCACCGUGCUGUGUUUUCGUCUCUCUGUUUCUGGUAGCAUUCUAGUUCUCUGUUCGCAGUUUUGUUUCCUAGUUCCCUGGUUUUUCUAGUUAGUGCUUCGUGCUUUGAGUUUCUAGUUUUAGUUUCCUUGAAUUCAUAUUCAAGUUUCCAGCAAUAAAACUGCUGCCUUUAGUUUGUCAUUCAGUCUCUGAGUCCAGCAUUUGAGUCCUACAUCCUGCUGCACACAGCACACCUUGACAACGUAUUGUUAUUAGUUUGCCCUUUGAUGUUAUCUUUCUGUUUUCCUUAUCUUCACUCCCUGUCAUAAUGCGCAGUGUGAGGAAUGAUUUAAAAAAGGAACUGAGAAGCAAAAGUAAACAGUUAAAUUCAGGCACAGAUCCAAAGUAAGCAUAGGGUAAUUGAUACAGAAGUAAAAGCAAAGAUUUGUCCAGGUGUAGGAAAGAAGUAUUCCCUACAUCCCCCUUCAUGAAUCACCACCUUAUCACGGUGAAGGGGUUUGCGUGCCCUUCUGAUCCCAGGAACUCUGUUGUCGGGGACAGUUUGUCCCUGGUAGGGUCUCCCUAGGCAAAUUGGUCAUGGGUAAAGGGCCAGACCAAGUGUGAUUCUAAAGAGUUCGAUGAUGAGAAGUUACUUGACAGAAUCUUGGUUACCAGGGCCCCUUCAUAAGGCCAAGCUUAGUCAAGGGGCUUUUUAUUAAAAACCUAUUAUUCAUGGGUCCUGGCUGACCCCAGUUACUCCAGUGAACCCAUCACCUGCUGCAGGGGCCAUAGUGGUCUAGUGUUAUGUGAAUCGGGUGCUAAAACUGGUUUGUGAUAUAUGGUGAUAAUAAGUGUUCCUUUUUGAGCAGUGUACUAUGUUGGCUAUCAUACAUAAUGAGAUGGAAAGGUUUUCUAAAAUGUCCACUCAGGCAAAACAAGCUUUGUUAAUGAUUCAUAACUCCAGCUGCUGUAGAGAGCAGUGACCAGUCUAUAAAGUCACACUUCAUACAUGGAUUUAUGAAAUUUACUGCUAAUUAAUAAACAUUCAUUGUUUUAUGGUUCGAUUUUUUUCCCCACCAUAUUGGUCACUGACUGAAAUAUUAUGUGAUAGAUUAGAAGGUGGGUAUUUUGUUAGUGUAAUGUCAAGUUGAAAUUUUUUUUAAUGAUUUUCCAUGUUUUCAUGUGUUAAGUGCAUAUUCUAAAUUAUUAUCAUUAAAUUCUGAGGGUUUUUUAAAAAAAUGUUCUAGUCUUGUUGAUUCAGUUUCCAUUGUCUCAGUGGUCAUGAUGGUACUUAUGUGGAUGUUUGCGUAUAAAACUUUACUUACAAUAUUUACAAGCAGACAUGUCAGCACUGCAGCUAUUAACAAUAGCUAUUAAAACAAUACCUCUUUUUAUACUUUUUAGAAAAAUGUAUUCUGGUACUGCCUUAAGUUUUUGCUUUGGCUGCUUCACUUUUGUAAAAGGUUAAUUAGCAUAUUUAACAGCUGUUUAUAAACAAGCUUCUAAAGUCAUGUCAGUGAAACCCUCUGAUCAUCUGUUUUGUGUUGAAUUCAUUUGUGAACUACGAGUAUACAAACUUAAGACAGAAAGCAAAGUCAGCAAAAACAGAAUUUAUGAAAUGUGCAGUGUCAAAGGUCACAUUAUAAUUUCAUGUUUUCACAGAUCUGUUGAUUUGCUGUUUGCAGUUCAGGAAAACUUAAGGUGUUUUCUUACAUUUAAUGUAAAUGACUCUGAAUUGGAUGGUGGCUGGUUGGAGGGCAUACUGUACGUAUUAUUACAUGUUACCUACCUUCAGUACCACAAAGGGGCCACAGCAGCAUGUUGUUUUAUUUUUAUUUUAGGAUAUAAACUGCUGACUCAUUUUGUCUGGAUCUUGUUGCUGAAUCUGUGUUUAGAUUUAAUAAUGGAUAUAAAGAUAUUUUUCGCCUUUUACCUGCAUACCUCAGUAUGGUAAAUUC